CUCGAACUCAUUCAAGGAUCUUUUCUCAACUUUCAACAUGUCCACGCAAUUGGAAUCCGUCUACAAAAUCAAGUGCAGCUGCAACCAGUAUCCCUGGGGCAAGACUGGCAGCGACUCGAUUGCUGCGCGGUUGUGCGAGAAGCAGCAAGGCUGGGAUGGCAAAGGACCAGAGACGCCAUUCAAACUUGACAAUGAGAAGUCUUACGCCGAGAUGUGGAUGGGCACGUACCCGGAACUUCCAUCAUACGUAGAAGAGACUGGCGAGGAUCUCCAAGAUGUUCUGGAUCGAUACCCCAAGGAGCUUAUCGGUCAAGAGACACUCGACAAGUUUGGCCACUCUAAACUUCCUUACCUGCCAAAGGUCCUUUCCAUCGCCAAGGCUCUGCCUCUUCAACUUCACCCCAACAAAGAAGUCGCAGCCAAACUACACAAGGAGAAACCGGAUGAUUUCACGGACCCCAAUCACAAGCCAGAAAUCGCCCUCGCUCUCGGCAAAUUCGAAGCCUUUUGUGGCUUCAAGCCACUCGAAGACAUCGAAGGUCUACUGAAGAUCGAACCCCUUCAACAAUUUGUUCCAGGCCAGAAAUCGUCCUCCUUCAACAAUGAACAACUCAAGGCUGUGGUGGGCAACAUGCUCAAAGCCGAUGAUUCCACAGUCAAAUCCGUGUACAAGUCCCUCACCGACCUGCCCGGAUCGCAAUUCGGCAAGUACGAUUACAUUCCAAAACUCGCGCCUCGCCUCGCCGAGCAAUACGGCGAAUCAGACCCCGGAACCCUGGUUGCUCUCAUCACAAUGAACUAUCUCGUCCUCGAAGCCGGCGAGAGCAUCUAUAUCCCAGCUGAUGGCAUUCAUGCGUACCUCGCUGGAGACAUUAUCGAAUGCAUGGCUCGAUCGGACAACGUGUUGAACACUGGAUUCUGCCCUCGCGCAGAGAGAAGCAACAUUGAUCUCUUCUUGGAAUGUUUGACGUUCACGCCACAUUCGGCCGAAGAAGCAAUUCUCAAGCCAAAGCCGUACGAGAAGAGCAAGAGUGGGAAGUCUACUGUCUAUGCGCCUCCUCUCUCAGAGUUCGACAUGCUACAGACAGAGCUCAAGGCUGGCGAGAAAGAGGUUCUUGGGGCAGUAGGUGGUCCCAGCAUCCUGCUCGCAACGAAAGGAAGCGCGACGUUGAAAGCCAAGGGCAAGUCGUACAAAUUGAACGAAGGCGCCGUUUACUUCGUUGGGCAGGGCACAGAUGUGGAGCUGGAGAGUGAUGAGGGAUUGCUCUUGCAUACUGCUCUGGUGGAAGGUAGCACUUCAUAAUGGCUCUGUAGAUGAUGCUGGAGCGCUCAACGAC